UAAACAACAUAAACAACAUAAAUAUAUAUAUAAAUAAAUAAAUAAUAUAAUAUAAAUGAAUAUUGUUUAUUGAUGAGCUCAUACUUCAGUAAAAAAAACCCCAAAAUGCACUCAUGAUUCUUGACAGCAUAUUAUAAAAAACAUUCAAGAGUUGCUUGUCAAUAUGGUCCUGAAAAAUGUCAUCAAGAAAUUCAGCAUCUCAUGACAAAUAUAUCAAUAUUAUUUAUAUACAUACAAUACAAAACAUCCACCGAAAAUAUUUAAGUCGUGACUCUGUUAAAUAUUAUGAUGAAACUUAUGAAAUAAUAAUAUUACCAAAUUUUACAAGUAUGAAAUAUCCAUCAGUUGAUUUACCAGAACAGGUAGUAAAAUCAAUUACUGGAAUAUUAGAAGCUGAAUCAGCAAUUAAAAUUGGUGAAAGAGAAGCAUUAGCUGGUACAUGGGAUGGUGAAGCAAGAAUAAUAACAAAACAUGCAACAACAUUGCCACAAUUAAAUAAUGGUAAAAAAAUACCGCCAAGUAAUUGGAAAUGUGAAACAUGUGAUUUGACACAAAAUUUAUGAUUAAAUUUGACUGAUGGUAGUAUAUUAUGUGGACGUAAAUUUUUUAAUGGUACUGGUGGUAAUGAAAUGAUUAAUGAUCAUGUAAUUAAGCAUUAUCGUACAACUGGUUAUCCACUUGCUGUUAAAUUAGGUACAAUAACAAAAAAAGGGUAUCAAUAUUUCAAAUAGGGAAAAAACUGAAAAAUCAAUGAUUGAA